AUGAACGUAACCAAAAUCGAAAAUAAAUCUGUUCAGAACUCUCCUCUGGAAGAACACUUUAUUCUUGAUGUACAAGGCAUUAAAGAUUUUCAGGACUCUAUUCUGAAACAAGGCUAUAUUCAGGACUUUCCUGAUGAACAAGGCUAUAAAGAAUUUGUUGAAAGAACUUCCAAGUAUCAGAUUGACGAAAAUAAUUACUACACGCCUAACGACGACGAUAUUAUUGACACCGAAGAAAGUAAAGCGUUAUUAAUUAAGCUCAACCUUUGUAAGUUAAUGAUCAACUUUGAUUCUAUAAAAAUUGCUAGAUUAACUGUUCAAUUUCAUUCCAACAUACAAGUAUCUAUCAAGAGAUGGUACAAAGAUAGUGGUAAAUUUCCGGACCCAAAGCGAAUGUUUAAUCUCAAGGCAAGAGGGCUAACUACUCCUGAAAAAUUCGUUUCGUGGUGGAACGAAAACCAUCCGGAUUGUUUAAUCACGGUUAAUUGUAUUGAGAAAUGGACUUAUCGAGAAGACGAAGACCUUCCAGAUAUAAUGUUCGCUGGAGAGAAUAUGGGGACUAGAUUAUUCUGA